AUGUCGCAAUUACAGCCAAUCAGCACUAUAAGAGCCAGUCAAGUAACUGCUCCAAAGAUCUUGGCAAUCAUAUCAAUCCUGUUUAUAGUAUUAUCGACAAUUGCCUUGUCACUCAAUACUCUUCCAGAACUGCAAUAUGAAGAUGAAUUUGGACAAGCGACAGACAACCCUCAGUUAGCGCAUGUGGAAGCAGUGUGCAUCGCAUGGUUUACAAUGGAAUAUAUUUUACGAUUUUUGUCAUCACCAAACAAAUGGAAGUUUUUUAAAGGACCUCUAAAUGUUAUUGACUUGCUAGCCAUCUUACCAUAUUAUGUCACAAUAUUUCUCACAGAGUCAAACAAAAGUGUACUUCAGUUCCAGAAUGUACGAAGAGUGGUACAGAUAUUCCGCAUAAUGAGAAUACUCAGAAUCCUAAAACUCGCCAGACAUUCAACUGGUUUGCAGUCUCUAGGUUUUACACUAAGACGGAGCUACAAUGAACUUGGACUACUGAUUUUAUUUUUAGCUAUGGGCAUAAUGAUUUUUUCUAGUUUAGUAUUCUUUGCUGAAAAAGAUGAGGAGGAUACCAAGUUUCACAGCAUUCCAGCUUCUUUCUGGUGGGCAACCAUCACCAUGACAACAGUAGGAUAUGGGGACAUCUACCCCAAAACACUGCUGGGGAAAAUUGUUGGAGGACUGUGCUGUAUUGCUGGAGUGCUGGUUAUUGCUCUUCCAAUUCCAAUUAUAGUAAAUAACUUUUCUGAGUUCUACAAAGAGCAGAAGAGGCAAGAAAAAGCCAUCAAACGUAGGGAGGCACUGGAAAGGGCAAAGAGAAAUGGUAGUAUUGUUUCUAUGAACAUGAAGGAUGCUUUUGCCCGCAGUAUAGAACUUAUGGACGUAACAGUAGAAAAGAGUGGAGAAAAUACAGGGAAAAAAGAAAAGGUUCAGGACAAUCACCUGUCCCCAAGCAAAUGGAAAUGGACAAAAAGAACAUUGUCUGACACAAGCUCCAACAAGUCUUUUGAAACUAAAGAACAAGGAUCACCAGGAAAUGGCCCAUCUGGUUCCAGCCCUCAACACCUUAGUGCACAGAAACUGGAAGAGAUGUACAAUACACUGGCAAAAACUCAGUCACAGCCAAACCUAAAUACAAAGGAUGACGAGUCAUUAAAAAAGGCAGGAAAACAAAAGGACAAAGUGGCAACGGAUGCCACACCUGGUCCUGCUGAUCCAUUACUAUCAGCACAGCCUGAAGGAGUAAUUGAUAUGAGAAGUAUGUCAAGCAUUGACAGUUUCAUUAGCUGUGCUACAGAUUUCCCAGAUUCCAGCAAGUUUUCCCACAGUCCUGCUACCACACUAAUUUCAAAAGUAAACAUGAGCACAGGUGCGGGGCCCACUGAAGAGCACAAAGCACUACUGUCCGCCAGCUAUGGCCCAAACCAGCAGACUCCAGAAAACCUCCGAAACAGACUCUCUGAUGUGCAUGCAACUAAAGAAGUUGCAACGAGUGGUUCGUUUUUCAUUGAAAGCCCAAAAAGUUCCAUGAGAAGUGGCAAUCCAAUAAAAUCCAGAUCCCUUAAAGUUAACUUUCUCGAAGAAGAGAGUAGCACAUUACAAACAACAACACAAAACAAACUUGGAACAUUUGCAGAAUCUCUGAAAAAUAUGAAAACAAACUCUGCAGGAGAAAGCAGCUUACCUUCUAAGAGAUCACUGCUAAGUCCUGAACUGUCUGUCUAUACUACUGCAAGUUCUGGAACACCUUCAAAAUCCCCUGAAGAUGGCACGCCAAUAAGUUUUACAUUUCAUGAUGCUACAAUAAAGACAUAUAUUGAUGCAGAUACAGAUGAUGAGAGUCAGCUCUUAGAUGGAAUGCAUUCCAGUCCUACAAAGGCACACUUGACAAAGUUAAGUGCAAAUUAUAAUUUCAACACUGACUAUGUAAAAUAUGGAUACAAUCUUUACAGAAAACAGGAAAACCACCUAGAUGCAACUGGUAUUCCUACUUCUCCUAAGGUUGUAGGCCAGAACUGCCUCUUUUCUGCAGACAAUAUGAACAGAAAAGCUAGAGGUAUUCCAGAAGGUGUUAAAAUAGAGAACCACAUUUCACCAGAUAUCCAUGUGUUACCUGGUGAAGGUGCACAUUCCAAAACAUAUGAUCCAAGCAUUUAACCUUUGAUCUGCACAAAUUAACGAAUAAAAAGGAAUGUGUAUGCAUUCACUUAAAGAGCUUUUGCAUGGCAUGACAGAAGACAGACAUAAACUCCCAGUUACUCAGGUGAUUGUGAGCACCAGUGGGAAAUUAAAGGUUAUUUUAUGAAAUAUUUAUAAAGACAUUGUGAAACUCAUGCUAUAAACUCCAGAUAAAUAAGAUAAUGGUUGACUCAUCUUGCUCUUUUUUUUCUCAAUAUAAUUUUCUUCCAUUUUGUGUGUAUGGAAGACUGUAAGACUGAAUACACACUUUUAAUACAGACUUCAUUUCUGGACAUUUCUGUUUGCUUAUUAUCCUACUCAAAAAGCAAAGGCUGACAUACUUAAUCAGUGGAACCCAGACUGAAGGCUUGUUUGCAUUGCAGCGUAUAGAGCCUUUUGUAAUAAACUCUUGCUACACAUACUAUGCAGUUGACUGGACUUGUCUCUCAUCUCUCUCUAGUAAACAUAAUUAUUCAUAUAUUAAGAUUUGUUUUGUAUUUCAAGCAUAUUAAGUUGAAUGAAAUGAAACUGAUUUAUACAAAGUAAUUCUCUCUGAAAAACUUUUUUUUUCCAAGUCUAGGACCUAAAUUUGCAGCUAAAAGUAAAGCAAAACAAGGGGAGUUGGACCAAGAAAUAAUCAAGGAAUAUAUAAGCACUGAUGUGUGCAUGUGAGAAAAUAUGUCUGUGUAGACUUGGCCAUAUCUAUUUGCAUUUAUUUUACUUAUUUAUUAGUCACUACAGAUCCUUUUUCAAACAAAACCUAUGACAUUGGCAUCGAUCACUAAAGAGUUUUAUAGUUACUGCCAACAUAGCUGUAAAAACAGUUAUAAUGACUGUAUAAAACUAUUGAGAACUAGCUACAAAGUAUUCAGUGCUGGCAACGUUCACAUAGUGUUUUAAAUGUAAUUGAGAUGUUCUUAAAAUUUGUUUAUAAAGUUUAAAAAUACACAGCAGUUUAAUUAAUGGAAACAUUCACUGAUAAAUUCUAUUUGUUGCCCGUCCGCCUUUCUAGUUUCCAUUCUCUACAUCUCAUUUCUUCUCUCAUGCGCUCUUCCUGCUUUGAUGUAUCGAUAUAUACAGACAGGCAGAGAAAUGCAUCCAUAUAAUUAUAGAGCUAUAUAUGACCGACAUGCAAAACACUUGUUAUUUCAUCAUUAUUAAAGACAGAAAAGCUAACCACAUGUGGAAUUUCUAAAGCUUUCAUUUCCGAAAUGAAACUAGUAAAUAUAAAAUGUAUUUUUACAAUAUCUUCAAAAAGGCUCAUAACAGAAGUUUUACACUGCUGAAAGUGAAAAUUCUAAUGCUAGAAGCACUUCUUUACAUAUUUCCUCAACAGCAGUCUAAUAAAGUGAACAUUCAGAAGUUUAGCACUUUAAAUAAAUUCAAUUUUAAUUUAGUGACUCUCCUAUUUUUUGUUCAUCUUCCCUACCAGUAUCAUAUAGCCAUGAACUACAGAACUUGAUUUACCUGCAGAACAGUGCUGUAUUGAAAUGUUGCUUUUUAUAUUAAACUAAUACAUAAAUAUAAUUUUGAAAAAAUAUGCCAUAUGUUUAUUUUAAUGUGUACUAGUAGAAGUUGUAUAUUUUAACGUACCAUUAAAAUAAAAGACAUUCAGGGAAUACAGAUUUUGUUGCAAAGUAAGUUUGAUAAUUUACUACAAAACACAGAGAUAACAGCAUCUCAUUAUUAAAGCUACAGUAACAGAUCACCAAUAUCUGUAUUUGCAAAAAUAGCCAUAUUAAUGCAGGGAAUAAAAUUCGACUAUGCUAUUGUUGUUUGCAGAUGGAAACUUAGAAAUUUUGAAAUCAAACAUAAAAUAAUGCUAACUGCUUUUACACUGGUGCAGCUCUCCUUAAAACCAAAAGGUAUCCCUUUGAAGCUAAAAAAGUAGAGCACAUGCUCAUAGACCACAAAUUAAAGUCCCAUAUUUACUGCAAUAAUGGAUCUGUGCUGGCAGGCCCAUCUUCACCAACUGUAAGAUUAAGACUGCAGGACUUAGCCUUGCUCAUAAAACUUUCCCUGUCCAAGAAGUAAGGACAGAGUUGAGGGACCAAAAUUUGGCAGGUCAAAACUGGGCAAUAUGAAUGACCUUGACUUUGUAAAUCCUUGACUUCAUGGGAAACUUAAUAUAAGAGGAAAUAGGGGGAAGGCACACAGCAGCCCAAAGGGCAACUUCUGGAAAUCUACCUGAAGGAGAAAUAAGGGAAAAUAUGCUGCUACAUAUGAAACUAUAUGAGGAUGCAAAUAAUUGAAGAGUAAGGCUCGCCGGGGUAGCGAGACAGAAUAUGUGCUGUUGAUUUAUUGAAAGGGGCACAUCUGGAGCAUUACUACAUAGUGACAUAGUGAUUGAGCCUGUCCACAAGACAAUUUGCUUUCUCUGGGAAAUGAGCAGCAACAAGAAUGUUAUUGGUGAAAAAUAUGUUUUCAUGGCCUUCCAACAAAGGGGAUGAGUGUGUUUCUCCUUGCAUGUUUACAUAACAAACCACUGCAAUUUUGUCAAGCAUUAAUAGCAAUCAAACUGGUGAAAAUGUCAUCUCAGAAUGCCUGCAAGGUGAGAAAUGCUGCCUUCAUUUUCAGAAUGUUGAUGUGCAACUGAGACUUUAGGAAUGAACAUGUAUCUUGGGACCAUCUGCUCCAAAUAGUGCACCCCUAUCUGAUAACAGAGGCCUCCAUGGUUACUGAUACCCGAUGAAGAUCAGGGUUUGAAAGGGUCUGCCCAGAGACAAGUAUGACUUGAUAGUCCACCAAAGCAAAUUCUGUUUGUGUUUUCUGCAUAUCCUAUUCAGUGCAUGUAGAGGGUCUACAAGCUGAUCCCAUUGUACUUAGAGAGUUCACUGAAGAGCCGUCAUGAGCUACAAGGUGAGGAACCAAGGAGAUUGUGGACACCAUAAAUCCUAGUGUUAAAAAAUAGGGAGCUGCAGUGACUAUCUUCUUCCAGUUUUUCCUGGUUAGGGGUCACCACAGCAGAUCAUAUGUCCACUCAUGAUUGGCAGUG